AUGUUAGCUAAUUUCCUCAAAGCCAGCAACAAACAAAACUUAAAACAAACGUAAGGGCUAAAAGUUGAAAACUACACACAUUUUAGAACUAAAUUAGUUAUAUUGUUUUUUUGUAAUGUCAGUUAACUUUCUGAUUCGUUUUAUUAGCGAUUAGCUCGUGCCUGUUACUAGGUUAUCGGUAACGGAGUGGAUCGGCUAGUCACUUUCAGAGAGACUUUACUUCAGCAAGAGCACUGACACAACUCAACUUCUCCACAUACACUCUCACUGCUAUUAUCAUCCUUCAGGUCCUCUGUGUGUGUGUGUGAGAGAGAGUGUGUCGGUCAUGUGGAGGAAGGCUGUGCUGGUGGCGGUGUUGGCGUUAGGGAUGGGUUAUCUCUACCACACUGACCCAGAGCUGCCAGCCCGCGUGCUCAGCUAUGUCAGCCAAUCACUGCCACCGAUGGAGGCCGGUGGAGGAUCUGAGCCCCGCCCACCCACACUGGAGGAGGCCAUCGCUCGUGCCUGGCAGACCCUCAUCACGGUUCCAGCCCGCCGCUGGGGGAGAGUGGCAGUGGGGGUGAAUGCCUGUGUGGACGUGGUGGUGUCCGGCGUGGGGCUGCUGCAAGCGCUUGCUCUCGAACCCGGCUCCGGCAGAGACCACGAGGUGCUACACAGCAAAGAGGACCUGAAGGAGGCCUUCGUUCACUACAUGGGGAAGGGCGCAGCAGCAGAGCGUUUCUUCUCAGAUAAGGAGGUUUUCCAGAGGAUCGCACGAGCUGCUGCCGAGUAUCCCGGCGCUCAGCUUUAUGUGGGCGGAAAUGCUGCUCUGAUUGGCCAGAAAUUGGCAUCUAACCCACAACUCGUGGUCUUGUUGUGUGGUCCGGUGGGGCCGAAGCUUCAUGACAUGCUGGAUGAGCAGAUUGUGGUGCCGCCAGAAUCUCUACAGGAAACAGACGAGUACCACCUGAUCCUGGAGUACAAGUCAGGUGAACAGUGGGGUCCUUCACGAGCUCCUCAAGCGAAUCGCUUCAUUCUGUCCCACGAUGUCUCCAAUGGGGAAAUGAGUGCGCUGGAGAUGUUCGUGGCCAGUCUGGAGGACUUCCAGCCGGAUCUGGUGGUUCUGUCCGGACUGCAUAUGAUGGAAGGAAUGGGCCGGGAACUCUGGGAGGAACGACUCAAAGAGGCGGUGGUGGCCAUCUCAGAUGUGAGGAACGAGGUGCCCAUUCACCUGGAGCUGGCCAGCAUGACAGACAGAGACUACAUGAACCGAAUCCUGCAGGAGGUCAUGCCCAUCGUGAACUCCAUCGGUCUGAACGAGCAGGAGCUUUUAUUUCUGACCCAAUCAGGAGGAGGCCCCCACUCCGACCUCACUGCAUGGGACGGCGUACCAGACGUGGGCCGCGUCACAGACAUCCUCCUCUGGGUCCUAGAGCAACACGGCCGAGCGGAUGCACAAUCUGAAGCUGACCUCACCCGCAUCCACUUCCACACGCUAGCGUACCACAUUCUGGCUACGGUGGACGGGCACUGGGGGAACCAGGCGGCGGCGGUGGCAGCGGGCGCACGUGUGGCUAGCAGUCAAGCGUGCGGUUUGCAAACCAUAGAUAUCUCAAAAGUGCUUCUUAAGGCACCGUUAAACUUCCACAGCUCCUUCUCCGAGCCGAGAGAGAGUCUAAAAGUGGAGCCGUCCCGACCGGUGACCGUGUGGAGGAGAGGAAACGUUUCUUUCCAUCUCACACCCGUGCUGGUCUGCAAACAGCCGCUGAGGACUGUGGGAUUGGGCGACGCUAUUUCAGCCGAGGGACUCGUAUUUUCAGAGCUCACGUCUGAGAUUUAGAGACACGCCGGUUUUAUUUUACCUUUUCUUUUGUCGUUGUUCGUAAACAGACAGACUCUGAUGAUGGGAAGAGAGGGAGAGAGGAUGUUUGUUGUGGAGUUGGGAGUGUGUAUUCUCUAUUUGGAGAUUAUUAUUAUUUUUCGUCUGAGAUUAUAUUGAGAAACGCUGCACUGAAUGAUAUGAGCCAGCCUCCGCUAUUUGUUUUAUGUUUUUUUUAUUAUUAUUGGUCACACUUUAUUUUGAUGGUCCGUUUGUUGAAUUUAGGUUACAUUGCAACUACAUGUCAACUAAUUCUCAUUAGACUAUAAUUAGACUGUUAGGUUGGGGUUAGGGUUAGUGUAAGUUGACAUGCACUUGUAGUUUCUUAUAGUCUGUUGAAGGAGCAGAUAUUAAGCAGACCGUCUACUAAUACUCAAAUGGACCAUCACAAUAAAGUGUUACAUUAUUAUUUACCAGAAAUCAAAUUCUUUAUUGCAGAAAUCAAUGAUAAUUUUUUUUUGGUAUUUUAUUUUUUACUAUGAGGUUGUAUUGGUUAAUGUAUUUACUAACUGUGACAUUUAUACAGUCUGUGUUAUGAAAGUAAAGCCAUUCAAUGUUAGUUCUUGUUAACUCACGGUACAUUAAUUAAAGUUAACAAGCAUCAAUUUGGAUUUUAGGGUCGCCUCAUAGCAAGAAGGUCACUGGUUCAAAUCCGACUGGCCAGAUGGCAUUUCUGUGUGGAGUUUGCAUGUUCUCCCUGUGUUGGCAUGGGUUUCCUUUGGGUGCUCCGAUUUCCCCCACAGUCCAAACACAUGCGCUAUAGGGGAAUUGGGUGAACUAUGAACUAAAUUGGCCAUAGUGUAUGAGUGUGUGUGUGUGAAUGUGAGUGUAUGGGUGUUUCUCAGUACUGAGUUGCUGCUGGAAGGGCAUCUGCUGCAUAAAACAUAUGCUGAAAUAGUUGGCGGUCCACUCCGCUGUGGUGACCCCUGAUAAAUAAGGGACUAAAGCUAAAGGAAAAUGAAUGAAUGAAUGAAUGUGGAUUUUAAAAAUCCAUUAGUAAAUGUUGAACUUAUUACUAUUAAUUCAUUCAUUUUUCUUCAGCUUAUUUAUCAGGAGCCAACACAGCAGAAUAAACCACCAACUAUUCCGGCAUAUGUUUAACGCAGUGGAUUCCCUUCCAGCCACAACCCAGUACUAGGAAACACCCAUUCACUCUCGCAUUCACACUACAGCCAAUUUUGUUUACCCAAUUCCCCUAUAGCGCAUGUGUUUGGACUGUGGGGGAAACCCAUACCGACAAGGGGAGAACAUGCAAACUCCACACAGAAAUGCCAACUGACCCAGCUGGGACUCGAACCAGUGACCUUCUUAUUAACCACUGAGCCACCCUAUUAUUAGUUCAUGUUAGUAAACACAAUAACUAAUGCAACCUUAUAGUAAAGUCUGACCAAUUUUAGUUAUGACAGGAGAUCAUACUCUGGUUAGCAGGUGCAGAAACCAGCGCAAAGUCUUAAACACCUUGAAUUUCCAUCGAACACUCCUUUUUUUUUUUGGGUAUGUAAAUGUUAAUAAUUAGCAGAACUUUAUCCAGCAGUGAUUUUUUUUUUAUCUGUGUCAAGUAAUAAGUUAUCUUACACUAAUGAAAUUAAGUAGUAAUAAUUAAAAAAAUUUGUUCUCUUGAAAAAAAAAAAAACAUCCAUAAUUUAUUCCCCCUUAAGCCUCUCUUAAUAUACACAGUUUGAGUUGUAUUAAAGGGAGAUAGUUCACCUAAAAAUGAAAAUUACUUCAUUUAUUCUCUCUCAUGUGUGUUUUAAACAUUUAUGAGUUUCUUUCUUCUGUUAAACACACACACUCAAAAAAAUAUAUUUUAAAGAAUGCUGAUUGCCCAUAAACAUCCAUAGUGUUAAAAUACUAUGGAAGUCAAAGGAUGCCAGCAACCAACAUUCUUCAAAAUAUCUUCUUUUGUGUUCAAACUCAAGUAGCUCAUAAACAAGUAAAGGGUGAGUGAAUGGUGACAGAAUUUUCAUUUUCAAGUGAACGAUCCCUUUAAAUAGUAGUAAUAAUCUGGCUUUUCACAGCUUUGUAAUGGAAGUGAAUGGUGCUCGAGAUUUUGAAGCUACAAAAACCACAUAUAUCCAUCAUAAAAGUGAUCCAGUGGGUUAAUGAAUGCCUUUGUACGUU